AUGAGAGGAGUAAGCCGCUUCAGAGUGAAAGGCAAGUUAAGUCUGAGAUACGUGGGACUCUAUGAGAUAGUGGAGAAAGUGGGAGCAGUUGCGUAUCGUUUGGAGUUGCCAACUGAGUUCCAAGAAAUUCACAAUGUUUUCCACGUGUCUUCUUUAAAGAAAAGUUUUGGGAAUCAAACACAAGUAGUGGUGGAUCCCGAUAGUAUCCAUUCGCAAUCCAACCUAACCUAUGAUGAAAAGCUGAUCCAGAUCAUUGACUGGAAAGAUAAAGAGUUGUGGAACCGUAAGAUCCCAUUGGUCAAACUACUUUGGCAAAAUCAUAAUGUUCAAGAGGUGACUUGGGAGAAAGAAGUCGAUAUGCGAGCCAAGUACCCUCAGUUAUUUGACACCUAA